CAGCAUAACAUCACUAGUCACUAGUCAUAACCCAUUACACGAUUUGUCAGACUGGCUCCUGGUCCUGCCCUCGGUGCGUGACGUCACGAGGCAGCUUCAGGCGGACGUGUAGGUAUGAAAAUAGAGGAACAGCCACCGGCGCCAUGUGUCUCUGAAACGCGGGACUCGGCGGAAGGUUCAGAAAGCUGAAGUGAAGCCCGGAUUGUUUGUUUUCUGUAGGAAAUGAGCGAGAAAUCAAUGGCGCGGUGUGUGUGACGUGUCCGGGUGGGUUUGAGUGUGUAACUUGGACACUAGAGUCAGAGCGAAUAGGAAACAGAUCGAUCCAGAAGUACAACAACAGCUGGUGUGGAGUCAUGGACGGACUCACGGGGGAAGGUGUCGGGACAGAUCCAGACCAAGAACGGCAGUAUUGUGAGCUUUGUGGUGAGAUGGAGAACCUCAUGAAGUGUGGUCGCUGUCGCAGCUCUUUCUACUGCAGCAAGGAUCACCAGAAACAAGACUGGAAGAAGCACAAACAGGUCUGCAAGCAGGCCGAAAACAACCCGCUCCUACCGCACACACACACGCACACACACACACACACACACGCACCGUCGGGACAACCGAACUGCCGAGAUAACGUGAAGAAUGAACCGAAACCACUGCAGGAACAGCAGAAGAGCACAACACCAAGCUGCACGGCCUCGGAAAAGUCCAAACUACAUGUAGGCACCACACAACCUUCACCAUCGAUCAAACCUGUGUGUGGAGCUGAACCUGAACACACUGGGGAUGAUAUCUCCAACGGGCAAACCAUGUCUCCUCAUCAAAAACUGGCCACGGAAUAUAUAGGGCCAUGUAUGAAUAAACAUGGCAUUUGUGUUGUGAACAACUUCCUCGGUGAGGAACUUGGUCUCGGCGUGUUAGAAGAGGUCUGUGCUCUCUACACCUCUGGGGAGUUUACAGAUGGACAGUUAGUCAGUCAAAGAAGUGACUCAAUUAAGGACAUAAGAGGUGAUAAGAUCACAUGGAUCGAGGGAAAGGAGCCUGGAUGUGAGAAGAUAGCUGUCCUAAUGAGUCGCAUGGACGAUAUUGUCCGUCACUGUAACGGAAAACUGGGAAACUACAGGAUAAAUGGAAGGACAAAAGCAAUGGUAGCUUGUUACCCUGGCAAGGGCACUGGAUAUGUGCGGCAUGUGGACAACCCUAAUGGUGACGGAAGAUGUGUUACAUGCAUUUAUUAUUUAAAUAAAGACUGGAAUGCCAAGGAACAUGGUGGUAUAUUACGGAUCUUUCCAGAUGGCAAAACCCAGUUUGCUGACAUUGAGCCCCUAUUUGACAGACUGCUGUUUUUUUGGUCAGACAGACGGAACCCACAUGAGGUCCAGCCUGCGUACGCCACUCGGUAUGCUAUUACUGUGUGGUAUUUUGACGCAGACGAGCGAGCUCGGGCUAAAGAGAAAUACCUAACUGGUGCUGUAGAAAAAGGGGGAAAAGUGGAGCUGAACCGGUCGGCUGAGCCAAGCUUAAUGAAAAAGAGUUGAACAAACCUGCUCAAUGGAUGAGGAAAAGAUGAUAUGGAAUAGGUGUUAACCCUCAGAAUGUUUUUUUACCUGCUGCAUGAAGACAUGAAUACCAUGCCAAGGAAGGAGAGAAAUGACUGUGCUCCGUCUUAAUUGUGCUAAUGCUGUGCUAAAUGUGCAGGCAUGCAAUAAUCCACCACUGCAUGUGUAGCAACUUAUAAAAAAGUGCUUAAAUUAAGCAAGUGUGUUUGUGCUGCAAUCAGGAAACGAGAAUUCAUUUGUAAAUAUAAUAAAUUCUCAGACAGCCAAAAAUAAACAUGAUACAAUGUGCUGAACAUCCAAAGUAUACAUGAGUAUACAACAGUUACAGUUGCAUUGUUUAUUUAGCUGUGAUUUUGUGACUGCUACAAACCUAUGCUUGUCCGAUCCAGGUUAUGUGAAAGGUCUUGGAAUUCUUUUCGCACCCAUUGUCUGGUGAUAGCAUAUGUUGUAAUGUCGUUGCCAAUGAUGAACAAUAUGAAUGUCAAAAUGAAUGUCUGUUAUCCCAGACAUUGUGUUAUCAUCUCAGUUUACAGCUCUGAAUUCAGUUUUUUUUUUAUUAUUUAAAAAGACAAGGCCAUUUUAAGUUAAAUGAUAAUUGUGGCAUCACCUUGUAGUCAUUAGCAACAUGUGAAAUACAGAUGUAACAAAAUUCUUUGAUUUGUACAGGACCUCGUCAAACAUAUUAUUGUAAUGUGAACAUAUCAUGGUUUAUAGAAAAACAAGCUAAAACAUUCAGCCCAAUGAUUUAAUAAUAAUGCAGAGGGGAAAUGGACCUCCCUGAAGCACAGAUCAGGCACGUCCUUGCACAACAGCGGGUCCUCAUAUACUGCAUUUAGCAUAAUGUAGCAUAUAUAGCAAUAUAGCGAUAUGCAGAGAUUUCCCAUAAUUAAAACUGUAUUGCUUAAACAAGGCCCCUAUUAAAACAAAACAAGAAUAAAAGAAAGCAUGGAAUAAAAGUAGAAUAAAAUAAAGUAAAAUAAAAUAAAAUUUUAUUUUUAUAUUUUUUUUUAAAUAAAAUAAAAUAAAGAAUAAAAGUACAGCAGCCAGAUUGAGAUCAAUUCCACAUCUUUUUACUCGUAAAAGUCUUAGCAUCUGCAGAAGAUCUACACAAUGCCCACUGGUCAUUCAUAGCUUAAAUAAAAGAAGCCACUUGGGCGUUCAAAUACAUUGAGAUAAAUUUUUGUCUAAUUCAUAUUAAUUCUGAGAACAGGAAAACCAGACAAAAUGUACAAAACUUUUGAGAAUAUUUGUGUGUGUGUGUUUAUUAUUAAUAUAGUAUAAAUUGUCCUGAAAGGUUUUCUGUAAAUGGACAACUUAGUAUACAUGUUUAAAACAUGAACAAAUUGGGGCUGGUAUUUAACCGCAUUUAGGGGAUAUGCAGCAUUUUCUACAGGGUUUUGUUUUUAAUCAAAACCUACCAAACGCAUCCAAAUUUUAUACAUUGUUAUAAUAAUCACCCAUUUUUUUUCUCGAUUAAUUCUAAUGCUGUAAAUUGGUAAUACAAAUCUGUCGACUACAUGGAGGCAGUGUAAAAGAAAUAAUGUAGCAGUUUUUAAAAUGACUUUAAAAUGUCAAACAGAAGCUUUGCUGUCGUUUUUUUAAAAAAAAUUGUGUCAUUUAAAUUAUAAAUUUUUUAGGCCCUUUAUAAAUUACGCAACACAAUGCAGUUUAUAAACUACCACCACCACUGUUUUAGAUUUAUACAAUGAAAAAGUGCACAACCUGGGAUGAUCCUUCAUUGUUUUCAUGAGCAUGUAAAAAGAAGGGAGGGCUCUUCAAACAAGCACCAAAGGGAAUGUGCAGUUAUACAGCAACCUCAUAGGGUGUGAAAACCAAACCACCAAUCCGGAUGAGCUAUAUGUUUGUUAAAGUGUCCAAAAAAAAAAAAGAGUGGAAUUAUUUGUCUGAAAAGCUUGUUGUGUCAAAGACUAAUGAGAUUUAGACCUAUCAAUCACAAUACUGUGCUGCUGCAGUAUAGAAAUAACCAGCAGAUUAUAGGGAAAAGAGUGACCACUGACCAAACACCUCUGUAGAGUUAGAGGACGUUGUUGUAUUGAGUUUGUUGUAAAUGAAAUGUAUCAGAAAUUAAUGCAUAAUUUGUGUUUAUGAGCACAAUAAUCACUGUAUUCGGAGAACAAUACUUAAAAAAGGCUCAGUAUUACCGUACGCAUCGUGUUGCACAUGAGAGGGAGAGAGUCAGGUCAGUAUUGGGAUUUCUGACAAGCCACAGUUCAAGGCAGGCUGCAGAUAAUUAUGUAGUUAUAAAGAAUGAUGAAGAGGAGAUAUUAGUGAUAACAUUGAAAUAUCCUGAGUAUUUUCUCUUAAUGUUUGUCCUAAUUCUGAACUACACGCUGCCAAUUAAAACCACUAGGGUACAAUAUGAAAGUAGUAGUCCCUGCUUUGCAUUUGAUGUUGUUGUGCCCCUGUUGGUACGGCAUGCAUUCGUCAUGGCAUUGUUUCAGCAAUCUUGUGCAACGUCGCAACAUUUAUUUCCAUCCAGAGUUGCAUUAAUUUUUGGCCGAGAUCUUGUGUUCAGGACGGGAGAAUCAAACCUUUCCGUAAAGUAUUGUCCAGCACAUCCCAAAGACUUUCAGUGGGGUUAAAGUCAGGACUCUGUGGUGGCCAAAUCACGUGUGAAAAUGAUUCCGCCUGCUCCCUGAACCACUCAAUUUAAGUACAGUUGAGCUUGAUGAAUCUUGGCACGAUCAUCCUGGAAUAUGCCUGUGCCAUCAGGAAAAAAAUCCUUUGACGGGAUAACCUGGUACAUUCAGGUACUCAGCUGUCUUCAUUUUAUUGCUGCAUAGUGUUGCUUAGCUCAGACCUGACCAACCCCCGAUCAUAACACUGCCUCCAGAGGCUUGUGCAGUAGGCAUGAUGGUGCAUCGCUUCAUGUGCUUCCCUUCUUACCCUGACGCACCCAUCACUUUGGAACAGGGUAAAUCUGGACUAAUCAGACCACAUGACCUUUUUCCAUCCCUCACAGUUCAAUCUUUAUGCUCCCUAGCAAAUGGAAGUUUUUUUUUCCCCGAUUAGCCUCACUAACAAGUGGCUUUCUUGUGGCCACACAGGUUUUUAGUCCCACUUGCCUUACUUUCACUGUUAAUCAUAGCCAUGAGUUCUGCUGUUUAAUUUUUUUUUUACGAUGUGACUUCACCAAGUGUUUUAAAGAUCUCCAAUCAACAUCAUUCAAGUUUUUUUCCUGACCACAUUUCUUCUGCAAAGUUGACACUUCAGCACUCCUCCUUCCAGGCUUUAAUAAUGCGUUGGACAGUUCUUUACCUAAUUCCAGGGAGUUCAACAACCUCCUUAGUUGUUUUCUUUGCUUGAUGCAGGCCAAUAAUUUGUCCUUUUCUUUCUGAUAAUCACCAUCCAGUUUCAUAUUAACACCCAGCUCAUUUAUGCAGUUAUCCAAUCAUUCAAUCAUGUAGCAGCAGCCCAAUGCAUAAAGUCAUGCAGAUACAGGCCAAGAGCUUCUGCUAAUUUACUUGGUUGUAGAUUGUUGGUUCCUGAUGUGCUGGUUUGAGUAUUUCAGAAACUGCUGAACUCCUGGGAUUUUCUCACACAACAGUUUCUAGUGUUUACACAGAAUGGUGCAAAAAACAUUGGAUGAGCGACAGUUCUGUGGGUGGAAACGCCUUGAUAAGAGAGAUCAGGGGAAAAUAACCAGAUUGGUUCGAGCUGCCAGGAAGGAUAUAGUAACUAAAAUAAUCAUCUUUACAAUUGUGGUGGGCAGAAAAGCAUCUCAGCAUGCACAAUAUAUCGACCUUGCGCUGGAUGGGCUACAACAGCAGAAGACCACAUCAAGUCUGAGGAAUCUGAGGCUCUCAUGAACACAGACUCGCUCAAACUGGACAGCUGAAGAUUAGAAAAGUAAUCUGGUCUUUUUCCAGUCUUCAACUGUCCAGUUUUGAUGAGUCUGUGCCCAUGAGAGCCUCAGAUCCUUGUUCUUGUCUGAUAGGAGUGGAACCCAAUGUGGUCUUCUGCUGUUGUAGCUCAUCCACCUCAAGGUUUGAUGUGUUGUGCAUUGUAGGAUGCUUUUCUUGGGGGAUUUUCUCCUAGGGAAAAAUUGAUAAAUUAAAAAUAUAUAUUUAGAAUUGAUAUAUUUCUGUAAUGCUGCUUUGUGACAAUGUCAAUUGUUAAAAGCGCUAUAUUAUAGAAUUGAAUUGAAUUUUCUGCUCACCAUGGAUGUAAAGCUUGCUUAUUUGAAUUACUAUAGACUUCCUGUCAGCUCAGACCAGGUCAUUCCCCCCUGAUGCCUCACAUCAAUAACAUGUUUCAGUCUGCAGACCCUCCCCUCACGGGAUGUUUUUUGUUUUUUGCACCAUUUUGUGUAAACUCUAGAAACUGCUAUGUGUGUGUGUGUGUGUGAGAGAGAGCUCUCUCAGUGUGUGUGUGUUUGAAAACCCCAGGAGAGCAGCAGUUAUAGAAAUACUGAAACCAGCCUAUCUGUAGCCAUGCCAUCCCCAUUCUGAUGUUUGACGUGAACAUUAACUGAAGCUCUUGACCUGCAUCUGCAUGAUUUUAUUUAUUUUAUUUAUUUAUUUUUUUGCUUUGUGAUGCUGCCACAUGAUUGGCUAGUUAGAUAACUGCAUGAAUGUGCAGGUGUUCCUAAUAAAGUUCACGGUGAGUGUACAUUUAUAAAGAAUGGCCAAUGUCAUAGUCCCCCACUACCGACACAGUACCCUACUACACCCACAGUUAAAUAUGUUUUUAUUUUAUUAAAUGAAAGGGAGUCAAAUGAAAACCUUUUUUUUUUUUUCGCAUUAUUGUCACAAAAUGUGUAUAAUUUUUCUAUGUGCUUGCUGUGGCCUGUGAAUGAUUGUUGAUGACUCACGUAAAGUACAGCUGUGUACACUCUGUUUCUCUAAUUUAUGUUGCACUUUUUAAGGUUUUCCUUUGACUCACCCAUACACAAAAAAUGUAUAUAUGAAGUACAUAAAUUUUUUACCAUAUAGUGUUUUGAUUUGAUUAGAGAACUGCAUUUUCAACAAAAUUAUAUUUUUAAUAUAAUACUUUCCUUCAGAUUUUUGAUAAAACAUUCAUGUGAUGUACUUAUGUCAUUUAGUUAGUAGAAAAAAUAAUCUGUCCAGUUUUUAAUGUUUUAUUUCUUUUACUUAUUUUUUCUUGGCCUGUACUAGCAGUAAAUUGUAAGGCAGUAUGCGGUUUCCACCGUGUCCACUGAUAAUUAUUUACACUGCUGAAAAAUAAUUAAUAAAAUGAUUUCCACGUCACAUAUACAGUUGUAGAGCCUUAUGGUUAUCCUUGUUAUAGUUAUAGUAGUUGAUUAUAUAUACACAAUGCUGUGCAAACAGUGUUUUUUUUGUUGUUUGUUUGUUUGUUUGUUUGUUUGUUUGUUUUUUUGUUUUUUAAACCUAAGGUCAAUGUUGAGGUUGUAGGUCUGAGCUGGUCACCUUAAUGCUGUAAGUACUUUCCCUCCAGGCAGGUCUUCAUCAUGUGUGAAGUGUAUUUGGAUGGUUAUCAGAUGAAAUUUGAUUUGUGAUUUAAUUUUAAUUAUGAAGGUCAUUAUGAAGCAUGUAUUCAUAUGACUGAAUAUUGAAAUAUAUGCAAUAAAUUGUGAUUUUUCUUAAUUCA